GCUUGCGUAUUGAUCCCGUCUGUCUGAAAGUUAGAUAGGCGAACAAGCGGGAUAGGAUAUCUCUUCCUACGUUAUAAUCUAUUUGUGCAACACGUGUAAUUCAUCGGGACCGAUUCGCGCACAAGUGCAGAGAGAUAUUGGUUAUGUUCGCUGUUUGGGUGAAAACAAAUUGAAGAGCGAUGUAGCGUAACGAGGCAUACCCGAUUUGUACGCGUGGAGAUUUGUUCGAUCAAUUGGAACGAAAAAGUCCGCAUAAAUGUACGGCGGCAACGGCAGCAGCAGGUGCAACGACGUCCCCUGCACGGAACAUCGAAACAAUGUCCGACGGUUCUAAAAUGGGCCUAUUUGGCUCGAAGGACCGGAAUCAGGAACAAAAAGAGAAAUCUUCCAAGGACAAUUCCCCAUCCCGUUAUGCACCAUAUGGCGUUGACAGCGAUACCGAAACAUAUGAUACCGAGGCCCUGAGCAUGAUGGAUAUCAACGAUAUCAUCGGCGUACAAUCCGGCGAACAGAUUGGUGAUUCAACUCUAGAAAGUGAAAUCGCUGCUCUUUCACAGAUUAUUACAGAAUCAAAGGUAGAACCGACCUUACAGGAGAGCUUAAAGCCAGUAACGCAACAUAGUUCUACGAUACCGAGUCCUACUUCUAGUACUGUUUGUAUCACAAGCACUGAUAACAUUGAUAUUCCUAAUGCCGAAUCCAGUAUUGUGUCUGAAAAAUGUAAAGAUAGCAUCCAUAAACUGCAGCAAGGAAUGUCUGAUCUUGCCUGUGAAAGUAAGACGCAAGCAGAAUCAUCAAUUACCACAAAACAAAGUGUUUCAGAGAAUACAGAAAUGGACCUUAUAAUUAAAAGUGAUGAAGCUUCUGACGUAAAUAUUAACCAAGACACUAUAGUAUCUCCAGAUAAAGUUGGUGAUACAUACACAGUUUGUACAGCAGAAUCUAUUUGUACAUUGUCUUCCAAUAACAAGUCACACACUGAGAUUAAUUCCUCAACUGUCACGUUAAAUGAUGAUACUGUACCGGAAACUGCCACAGAGAAAAGUGUUGUUGAAAAGACAGAGAAUAAAACUGUUGACAAAAUAAUUGACAGUCAAAAUGAAAUCAAAAGUGACAUAAGGCCUAUGAUAACAGUUGGUAACAUUAGCAAGAGUUUACAACUAAUAGGAGAAGCAUAUAAUUCAGAGGAUUCAGAGGAAACGGAUGUGAGCGACUUGCCAAAAGAGACUGCAUCACUUUUUAAAGAAACUCUACUGCCAGAUGUUUCUCCAAAACAGCACAAGGAAGACAAUUCUGAAGCAACUGAUAUAUUGGAGCAAACUACUGAAACGUCUUCAAAGUUAAAUAAUACUGCAGAUGCGACUAUUUCAGAAGAAUUAAAUGCAAAAGUAGAAAACGUAGACAGUAAAAUAGAAGAUUCAAAUAUAAAAGAGUCCGAAGAUUCUAAUUGUAGUAAAACAUCGCAACAAGUUUUAGAAAUACAAGAAAAUACUGAUGAUGCAUCAAAUAAAAUAGCGGAAUGUAUCAAUAAUGAUGUAUCGAGUCACAUACAAAGUAAAAAUAAUACUGAAAUAAAAAUGGAUAUAACUGAAGAAACAGUAUUAGAACAUCAAUUUUCCAAUGAAAUUUCUAAGGAAACUGAUUUAUUUAUUAAUACAUCCACUGUAUCGACAAUGGAAUUAACUGAAAGUACAGACAAAAAUAAGGAAAAUAUUGAAAUAGAAUUAAGUAUAUCAACAGUUGCCGAAACAGGAAAGCAAGAUAAUUCUACAACUUUUAGUGAAAAAGAGACGCCAAAUGCAGGAAAAGUAAAUGAUAAUUGUCCUAUUAUUGAUGAUGCAAAAGAAUGUACAAAAGAUAUACUUGACUGUGAAGCUAGAGAUGUUUCCGUAUCUGAAUCUCAGGAAUCUACUUUAACUGAAAUGUCUGAUAAGGAAUUAAAUAUGAUAGAAGUGACAAGUAAAAAUAAUAAUUGUCAGGAAGCAGAUGUUAUUAAUAAAAUUUGUCAGAAAACACACGAUGUUUCAGUAAAAACUAAAAUUAAUGAUGAUUCUCAAAAAACAGCUUUUAUACAAGAGAUUGAAAGAACUGCUACAACUUCCAAUACUCAAGAUAAUAUGGAUGUAGUCAAGAAAACAUCUGUGCCAAUGAAUAAAAAUACAUUUCAAACUGCAUCAGAUACAGCUAAUAAAGAAUUAAUUUUAAAUGAAGAUACAUCAACAAAUCAUUCAGAUAUUGAAGAAAAGAAUGCAAUGGAUACACAACCUAUAGAUAGUCAUUUGUUAAAUGAAGAAAAUUCAGAUUUGUGCUUUAAAAAUUUAACAAUACAAAAUGAUUCAACUAAUAUUAAUGAUUCUGAAAAAACAAAUGUUUGCAUGCAAGAAGAUGUUCUUGGGCAAACAGAUGAAACAUUAACUCCAGUUGAAUAUGACAAAUCUGUUAAACAAUUUCCUUUUAUGUCAGAAAAAUCUGAAAUUGAUGAUACUGCAUCUAAUAAAUUCGAGGAAUUACAUUCUGCUCCAAUCUCGUGUGAUAAUUCAAGUAACAUAAUUGAAAAUAUAAGCAAAUUUGAAGUUGAAGAAAUAGAAGAUGUAGAAAGGAAGAUAUCUGAAGCGAUAUCACUCUCUAAGGAUGAAGAUGAAACUUCAAUGAAAAACAAAUCAGAAAAAACGCUUGAUCAACCUGAAUGUAUUCAAAAAGAAGUUAGUUCAUCUGUGCAGAUAGAAACUAAGUUAACUUCGGAAAACACAUCUACUAAUGUAUUAUUAGAGAAUGAUACAAAUUCAUCAUUGACUGAAAAUUUAAUUGUUUCAGAAGAUGAUGUAACAGAUUACGUGUGCAAUAAAAUACAGAAAGAAGAUACAGUCAUGAAAAAUAUUACUGAGAUAUCGUUGAAUGAGGCAGCAAUAAAAGUAUCAGAAUUAAAUGAAGAGAAAAUUAAAGAAAUUGAAAAAGAAAAAAGUCAUAAAAUAAAUUCAGAUUUGGAAUUGAUAAUUUCAGAAGUAGAUAUCCGGACAAAUCAAAAGGAUAUCAAUUUACAAGAUGAUGAAGAUAAAAAAUCGGGCGAAAAAUCUGUAAAAAUAUCUGUGGAAUCGAAAGAAUCGAUCGAUGAUAAUGUAACACCGAUAAUCGAGGAGAAUGUGAAAUCAAUCAUAGAUGAAUCCAUUGAUGCCAAUUUAAAAGAGGUACAAUCGAAUGUAAUUGAUAUUUCUUUAUUACACGAAAGCUCGAACGAAAAUCUGAAUGCCGAAAAAUCAACGGAGAAAUUGUCUCAAGAUUCGGAAAGUAUAGAUACUCCAGCUACUGCUCAAACUAUAGACACUUUAGAGGGAUUUUUGGAUAUAACUCUUAUGUCGGACAACGAAAACUCUUCAUUAAAGGAUAUAAAAACUGAAGAUAAAGUCCUAAUGGAAGAAAUAGUAAAUAAAAAUAUUGAUAUGGAUCUGUUAUUAGAUCAAGCAAAUCAAAGCGAAGCAACCAUGACGCAAAAUUCAGACUACAUAACAAACGUGAUUGCUAGUUGUUUGACAAACAGAGAUAAUGAAAUGAGCGAAGCUAAUAUCAACAUAUCAAGUAAUGAUAAAAUUACCGAAAACGAGGAUAGUAGCUUAAAAAUGAACGAAGACAUGAGUAUGGUAAAUGAGACGGCGGAUAACGAAAAGAUAAUAGAAGAAUCUCUUGAAACGGAUAGCAAUUUGCAACAGAAUGAUUUGGACAUGGAUUUCGAAAGCAACCGAUUAGAGACAGUCGAUUUAGAGGAAAGUGAAGCGAAGCUGGAAUUGUCGCAGGAUAUUUUGCUGGAGGGUGUGAGUGAAAAUCUUUCCCAACAUGCUGAUACUCCUAUCGUCAUCGAGAAUUCGCAGUCGAGUUCGGAAAUCUCUGAAUUAGAGUCUGCGGUAAAAUUCUUACAAGAAUCCGAAGAGCAGACGAUAGACUCUUUGGUACUGUCACCAAAAAUGGUGGAGAGUGUCGUCGAGGAUAUAACGAAGCAGGCAAACGCAGAGCUUUACGUGUCCGAUGAAAUUGAUAAUUAUGCGAACGCCGAAUCCGAAUUGGAGCAUCUGAAAGACACUGCGGAUGCUAUUUCCAUCUCGGAAGCCGAGAUCAUAUCAGAGGCAGCUAAGUUGGAAAACGAGCGGAAAUUCGCAACACAAAUGCAAAACGUUCCCAGUAUCAUUGUGAAGGACACCGAAGAAGAGAUAAAUGAGACAGAAGCUUGCACAUAUUCGAAGACAUCGUCUGAUACGGCUUCUGUCGCAGAUAGUUCCUUGAAUACACAAACAGUCACACGUAUGAAACAAUUACACGAAGGAAAAGAAAUUGUAACCAUUCAAUCGUUGCUCACAGAAAGUAUUCCGGAAAGUGAGCUGAUUCCAGGAAUGUCAAUAUUGGAAGAACGACUGAUGGAACCACCGAAGAUCGAAAUACCUAUUCUGGAUUCGGCUAAAGUGUUGGAAUCUUCCAUUAGUCCUAACGAUAAUCUUCUCAUACCGAAGGAUGCGAGAACUAUCGCGUAUUCGAGGAUGUUGGAAUCACCAAAAUCGAUUGACAAGAUUGAAUCGAAAGGCGCCGACACGCCACGUAAAGAUUCUGAGAAGCACUCAGAUUUUGAGAAUGUUGGUUCGCCAAGAAUAAUCCUGAAGAUUGCAAAAUCGGCGAUCACGGACUGCAGUGAACCGCGAUCGCCGAAGAGUCCAAAGAUUCGAUCAGCUACGAAUUCGCCGAAUCCGGACGAUAGUCCGGGUCAGAAGUUAGGAAAGAUUAAAUUGAAGUUAUCGAAGGGAGGCCACCCCUCUAUAAUAUCUAACGAGAAUCUGGACGAAGUCAAUCAGUGGCACACUGACAACACAUCGUCGUUAUCUCCUAUCGGCAUGAAAAUUAAACUGUCCAAAUCCGGUGACGCUUCAAUCGUGGGUACAGAGAAACACGAAAGUCUAGAUGAUUCAAAGGAGACAAAAUAUAAAAUUGAAGAGCCGAAAAGAACGGAUUCUCCGAUCGGUAUGAAGAUAAAGCUAUCCAAGUCUGGAGAUGCUUCGAUCAUCUCCGAUUCCAGGCAACAGGAUACCAAAGAAUCUCUUACAAAGCAUAAAGAAAAAUUAGAGAUACCACAAGGAAGCCCAAAAAGAACAGAAUCUCCGAUCGGCAUGAAGAUCAAGCUCUCCAAAACUGGUGACGCUUCUAUUAUUCAAACUGACAGGCAAGAAUCUUUAGAGGAGCAUAAGGAAAUUACACAAAAGCGAACCGAUUCUCCAAUUGGCAUGAAAAUUAAACUGUCAAAGACUGGUGACGCUUCUAUCGUAUCUCCGGACACUCCUGAAGACUUCACGAAGAUAAAGGAAAAGCAGGAUUAUUCGGAACUACCGAAAAGAACCGAAUCUCCAAUCGGAAUGAAGAUAAAACUAUCCAAGUGUAAAGGUGGUGCAUCUAUUAUUUCUGUAGACAAUGCUGAAGAUACAAGAGAUAAAUUGGAGAUACCCGAUCCACCUAAGCGCACUGAAUCACCACUUGGUAUGAAGAUAAAGUUAUCCAAAACCGGAGAUGCAUCUAUUAUACAUUCCGAGGUCACAGAUGAUGUUAAAGAAAUAAAAUACAAAGACAAAUCUGAAAUGUCGCAAGACACUGUGAAAACAUCUGAAUCUUCUGGAAUCAAGAUCAAGAUGAAGACAGGCGAAGCAACAUCAUCAGGCUCGCCGGAUGUUGCUGAGGAGCAAGAGAUAUUCCAAGCCUCCGAAUCAUCAACAGGUGGCAUUCCGAGAAUCAAAGUAUCCAAAUCUGGGGAUACAUCGAUUGUUUCUAAUAAAACGGAAUCGACUGAAGAUUCAAGAUCACGGGAGAGUCAGGUAGAAGCAUCAAAGAGAACAGAAUCUCCACUUGGUAUGAAAAUCAAACUGUCCAAGAGUGGUGAUGCUUCUAUUGUGCAGAGCGAGGCUAUAGCUGAAGAGCAUCAAAAUAAGAUUACUCGUGUGUCCGAUACGGAAUAUUCAAAAGGUGGCGACUCAUCUCUCGGGAUGAAGAUCAAGCUAUUCAAGUCAGGUGAUGCUUCAGUAGUUGAGACACCUUCCAGUUCUUCCGAAAAGAAAGACAAGCAACAGAGACGCAGAGAUACCGCCGAAUCGCCGCUGGAGAUGAAGAUCAAAUUGUCCAAAACUGGUCACCCAACUAUUGUAGCAUGCGAUAAUCACGGAGAGUCCUCCAUGCCCAAAGGUAAGGAUCCAGCAACUCUGGAUGCAGCAAUGAAUUUUUCUCAUAGGUAUAUAGAGCACGCUACAGCGCAUAAGGAAUCCACAUUGAAAAUCCUCAAGACUAGCAGUCACCAUCCAUCUAUUCUGCAGAGCAAUCGUUCUGAACUGACGAUUGAGCCAGUGCAGGUGCAGAGCAGAAAGCAACCAGCAGAAAAUGUUCAGCAGCAAAUCGAAAUAUCGCCCAAGCGUAAAGAUGUAACGAUCUCUCCAGUUGAGAACAAAAAAUCUAAGCUGGAGACGCAACUCUCACAGAUCUUGCCGGAAGUUACCAUCCAACCAGUAUUGUGUCGGGAUCAGAAACAACAACAACAGCAACAGCAGCAGCUGUUGUUCGAUCCUAAAACGAGUCUAAUCAGUCGACAGCAGAUGAAUGUGAUCAACCAGGAAAUCAGUAUCACACAAGUACGGCCAGACAGUGCUUCUGACAAGUUUAAGGAUACGUGCAAAAAUUCACCAGGUGGAUUGUCGGAUUGCGAGAUCAUCGAACAUCGUCCAGAACUGAUAAUUGUCAACGAAAAUUCGAACUCCAGCCAAGAUGUUGUCAUUAUAGAGGAAGUGACCCCUAACAGAACAGCCGAUAUCAAGGUGCCAAAAAAGAGAGGAAGACCACGAAGAAAUCCCGCGGCACAAGUUCAGCAGUCUCCACAAAUGCUGAUGUCCAGAGAUCCCCUAGCCCUGGACGAAAUGCAGCAAGUUCCUGCGCAACAAUUCGAACACAGGGAAAAUGAGAGACCUAAGAGAACCUGCAGAAACCAGAAGAGUUACGCUCCGCCUAAAAGAGGUAGAGGACGAGGUCGCGGUAAACGCAAACUAGAUAACGUGGAACCUCAAGUUGGAAAGAAGGCUCGUGUAGAUCAAGAUUUAGACGCUAUAGAAGCUUCGACAAUGGCUGUCAUUACUAUAGACGAAACACCAGCACAACAAGAGUCACUUCGAAAAUCAUCAGAACAACUGUACAAAGCGCUGAAACAACCGCCCAUAGAUCGUAAAAAUAUGAGUUCCACAUUAAGUCGCAAAGAAGAAAAGGGGAAAAAAGAUUGUAAAGCCUCGAACUCUGAGAUCGUGACAUUAGACCCUGCCAGGUUGUCGGAUGUUCAAGAAGAUGCGAAGAAAGCAUCUACGAGUCAGAGUCCAUUGGUCUCGAAAGUUGACGAACAGCCUAAAAAACCGACCUUAGAAAUCGUCUGUGAGAAAACGCAGAAGUCAGCAGCAAAACAUGCUGAAAAUAAAGGUAAGAUGUCAGACGGGAUUAAAGAGAUACCUGUACCUCCCGGACAUUCGAAUUGGCUGACGCCAACGUCAAAGAAGCAAGCAGAUUCAACAGCCAUUAGAGGUGAAACAGUGUCGACAGUACAAGUGAUCGAUGAAGAAACAAGAAUGAGCGCCGAAUCCGGCUCAAGAUCCCAAACACCAGCUAGAAAUAUACCAGCACCAACUUCAGAAACAAUAAUAAAUGAAGAAUCGCAAGGUAGUGUUCUAAGCACUGCUACGACGGAGUCCGAAAAAGUCAAAGUAAAAAACCGAAGAAUGGAGAUUAAUUUUGAUCCCGAUGAAGGACCUUUCACUGUUGAUAAAAUAGCAGAAUAUGAAUGGCCACUGGAUCGAAAGGGUGAAACCUUUAUGAUACAAGAACAAAUAUCACAGUAUCUUGGCGUAAAGUCUUUUAAGCGCAAAUAUCCUGAUCUCAAACGCAGAGUAGUUGAUAUGGAAGAGAGAAAUUAUUUGAGGGAAAAUGGAUUAGUCAGUGAAGCAAUGUGCGAUAUGGGACUAACUGCGAUAUGUAGCUCCGAAGUACUAGAUGUAAUGUGCAGUGAUUUCCCCGAUCAGUACGAAGAAUAUCGCAAACACAUGCGCGAAAAACAAGUUAAGGAACAUUCCAAGAAGCAGAAGGAACUUACGGCGGCAGCAAAUGCGGAGAGAAACAGGAUAGAUCUCGCAGAAAUGGCAAUGCAGUCCGCAUUUACAUGGAACGCUAAUUUAAAUAAAGCUCGCAAGGAACAGCGCAAAUACUGCUUAGAUCUGCAGACUUUCACAAUUCAUCAACCACAGAAGCAACAUAAAGCCGAUUCGGAGCACAAAGUUGGUCAUUAUCCUGUUGCUCUGAUACCAGGACAGUAUACCGAUUAUUAUCGGGAAUAUACACCUGCAGAAUUGCGGUAUUAUCCGCUAAAUACGGUUUUAUAUGGACCCACACGACCUAAUGAACGUAAAAGUGAUAGUCAAUCAGAAGGUUCUCAGAGUGAUAGCGAUAGCGAAUCAUCUUCCGAUGACUCAAGUUCAUCCUCUAGCGAAGGUACGCAAGAUACGGAAGGAUCUCAAUCGACCAUGGACGAAGUAGACAUGGAAAUCUCGAAUUCAAAAGAUGACACAAAGUUAAAGUGCAAGAUGUGCCUGAAAGUUUUAAAUAAACAUAACAAGAACGAAAUAUUAAUUCAAUGUGGUACUUGCAAUGGAAAUGUUCAUCCAUCCUGUAUAGAUUUAACAUUAGAUAUGGUACCACACAUUCAAUCAUACGCAUGGCAAUGCACUGAUUGUAAAACGUGUGUACAAUGUCAUGAUCCUGCAGAUGAAGACAAAAUGCUCUUCUGUGAUAUGUGUGAUCGUGGGUAUCAUAUCUAUUGUGUUGGUUUGCGACGAGUACCACAGGGAAGAUGGCAUUGUCAGGAAUGCGCUGUAUGCGCGAACUGCGGUUCGAGAGAAGCCGGCGGUGCCAAUUCGGACCGAAAUAGUGUUGCGCAAUGGCAACACGAAUAUAAAAAGGGCGAGAAAAAUACUCGAAUAUAUGUCUCGACGCUCUGUGUACCAUGUUCGAAGCUGUGGCGAAAGGGUCGCUAUUGCCCGCACUGCAGUCGCUGUCAUACCGCCCAAAGGCUCGACCUGGAAGCGAAUCUAGUGCAUUGCAGCGCAUGUGACAAGUAUCUGCACUUAGAAUGCGUGGAGACCAAGGGAAUAAUGGUUGACAAAAAAAAUUAUCAAUGUGAUUUCUGUACACCAUCGACCAGCCAGCAUGUAAAGCCUUUAUUGUCGAAGGUGCUCAAAACGUGAAUAUAAUUAUUGUAACAUUGUCAAGAAAAAGAAAAUAUCGUGUUGUAUAAUAUCAAUGCCAGUGGUGUAUAUUAUACUAUUAUAUUAAAGUAAAUAAGUUUUUUAUUGAGUGCGUUUGUAGACAAAUGCGCGCAAGAUUUUCUUCUGGAGUACUUCAUGACAAACGAGUUACAUUGUACAUAGUUGCGAAAUGAGUCAUUUAACUUUUAAUUAUAAAUUUUUAACAUAUUGUUUAUCGCAAGAACAGUGAAUUGUUUAGUAAGAAAAAGACUGAAUGUGUUUAGUUUUGAGCAAAAUUACAAGAUAUGAAGUGACAACGCGAGAAAUCGCGCAUUUUCCCUUGAUUAUAAAUUCUUUAUUCUUUGACGAACUUGAAAUCUAUUAUUGUAUACCAUAAGCUUGAUUAAACGUGCAUUU